AUGCAUGAGGCGGUUCCUAUUCAUAUUUUCCAGGCUAUUGAGCCGACGGCCGGUGCACUCAAGUUACUAGAUCAACAAUUGGCUCGUUUCUUCUGGGGGUCGACGAAUGAAAGAAAAAGGACUCACUGGAUUAGUUGGGAGCAGAUAUGCCUCCCCACCAAUGAAGGGGUCUUGGUGCUCAGUGAUCAAGCGGGACUCCCACAGCAUAUCAUUGACCGAAUCUGUACAUUCCCGAUCUUACCGGGGGAGUCCGAUGUCCCAAGAUGGACGCUGUCACGGAGAGGUGAAUUUACGCUUGCCUCGACUUGGAACACGAUCAGAUCGUCUAUACCCAUUGUACAGGGACUUGAGGACCUGUGGCUGGCCGGCGUUACGGCUACUAUUGCUAUGUUUACUUGGAGACUUCUAUCCAACCGGAUCCCCGUUGACUCAAAGCUACAAUGGCGGAAAAUUGAGCUUGCAUCUAAAUGCCAAUGCUGCCCCCGACGACCAGAUACCGAGUCUCUUCAACACCUAUUUAUACAAGGGGAUGGGGCGAUAAGGGUGUGGAGGGAAUUUGAUGGGUGGUUCGAAGGAAAUUCCCAUCCUAUCGGGCUGAAUGAUACCAUCCCAUCAAGAAUCGAAGUGUGGGCGACCAGAUUGCAGCAGCCGGGAAGGAAGCACCUUAGCAUAGCCUUGCCAUAUCUCAUAUUCUGGUUCUUGUGGGCCGAAAGAAAUAGAAGCCGCAAUCAUGGAACUCAAUUUAAGGCGAGUAAUGUGAUAUGGCAGGUCAUUACCUUUGUCCGAAAUAAUAUGAUUAAUGGGAAGCUAAGGCCGAAGCAUUGGAGAGGAGUUCGGCUCGGACUUAUUAUCCCGAACGAGGCCGAGGCCCAACGACCCAUGAGGCUCACGAUGAUGAACAAGUGGGAGCCGCCGGACCAACCAUGGUUAAAACACAACACGGAUGGGUCUUUUUUCGAAGAAACAGGAAAAGCUGGGGGAGGGGUCCUUAUUCGUGACUACACGGGUAGGGUGCUCAAGGCCUUUGCGUUACCUCUCGACGCACACUCACCCCUCGAAGCUGAGCUUCUCGCCAUGCACCACGGAUUGGUGAUGGCCGCAGAGCUGGCGAUGCCAAUUUGGCUCGAAACGGACGCCGAACAAGCUGUCGCACUGGUCCGAGGAAAUCAUUGGGGGCCUGCCCAUAUUCGCCAAGCAAUGGCUUUUUUGGCUCUACAGAAGCGGCGCCUUACCCUUCGGAUUUCCUUCAUCCACCGCGAAGGCAACAAAGCAGCUGACCUCCUCGCAAAGACGGGUGCUGAGAUGAGCCACAGCCGAAUCUUUGUCGAACAGGAUUUGCCGAGAGAACUAUCAGACAUCAUCCGACAGGAACAGAUGGGGAUCCCCAAUGCCCGAGCCCAAACCGAAGAAAGAAAUUAG